AUGUGUUUGAGCCAAAACCUGAAAUGGGUGAUACUGAUGCUUCUUAUGGGACAGCUACAUGGAUACAAAAGCUGUACCGAGAAAGAAAGGAACGCUUUGUUGGAGCUCAAGAAGUACCUGAUCUCAGUGAGUAUAGAAGAGGAAUCAAACUCUGUUCGUCCAACUUGGAGUAUUGACACAAAGAGCGAUUGCUGCCUUUGGGAGGGCCUUAAGUGCAGUGGUACAAGUAGACGGGUUACCGAGAUUGCCUUUGGUGGAUUGAAGCUCAAAGAGAACUCUCUACUAAAUCUCUCUUUGCUGCAUCCCUUUGAAGAUGUUCGAAGUCUCAACUUAUCCGGGGAAGCAUUGAACAAAUUCAAUGGCUUGUUUGAUGAUGUUGAAGGUUAUAACAGCUUGAGAAAAUUAAGAAACCUGAAGAUUUUGGAUUUAUCCUCAAAUAAAUUCAAUAACAGCAUAUUUCCUUUUCUUAAUGCGGCUACAACACUCACAAAUCUGUUUCUAAGGUCCAACAACAUGGGUGGCUCUUUGCCAGUUAAAGAAUUUAGAGAUUUGACAAACUUGGAACUGCUCGACCUGAGUAGAAACAGAUUCAAUGGCUCCAUACCACUUCAAGAGUUAUCUGACAUGAGAAAGUUGAAAGCUCUGGAUUUAAGUGACAAUGAAUUUUCUGGCUCAACAGAAUUGAAAGGGAUUUGCGAGCUGAGGAAUAUGCAAGAGUUAGAUCUCAGUCACAACAAACUUGUAGGUCAGUUUCCCUUAUGCUUAACUCACUUGAGUGCCCUAAGAGUUCUUGAUCUCUCAUCUAACCAAUUGACUGGGAAGUUACCACCUUCUCUUGGUAGCCUUAAGUCCCUCGAGUAUUUGUCAUUGUUUGAUAACGACUUCGAAGGCUUCUUCUCACUUGGUUCUCUAACCAAUAUUUCAAACCUUAGAGUGUUGAAACUCUGCUCAAAACCCAACUCACUUCAAGUAGUGUCGGAUAGUUCUUGGAAGCCAAAGUUUCAGUUGGAUGUUAUCGCACUACGAUCUUGCAACUUGGACAAGGUUCCUCAGUUUCUCCUACGCCAGAAGGAGCUGCGUCAUGUUGAUCUCUCCGACAAUAACAUUUCUGGAAAGUUUCCUUCCUGGCUGCUGGAGAACAACACUAAACUAAAAGUGUUGCUUCUACAGAACAACUCCUUCACAAGCCUUCAGCUACCAAAAUCUCCUCAUCAUCUUCUUUUCAUGGAUGUUUCUGUUAAUAAAUUCAAUCAUCUUCUUCCUGAGAACAUCGGGUGGAUACUUCCUCAUCUACGGUACAUGAAUAUCUCCAACAACGGCUUUCAAGGAACUCUACCAUCUUCUCUAGGUAACAUGAAGAAUACUGAAUAUAUGGAUCUGUCUCGCAACAGCUUCCGUGGAGAGCUACCAAGAAGUUUUCUAAACGGCUGUGAUUCCAUGGCAAUCUUGAAGCUAUCACACAACAAACUAAGUGGAGAGAUUUUUCAUGAACCACCCAUAUUUACUAAUAUAUUGGGGCUGUUCAUGGAUAACAAUCUUUUCACAGGAAAGAUUGGACAAGGUUUGCAAAGCUUGAGAAACUUGUCACUUCUUGACAUUUCAAACAACAACCUCUCAGGUGUUGUUCCAAGCUGGAUCGGCGAGCUUCCAUCCUUAACUGCACUGCUGAUAGCAAACAACUUGCUGGAUGGUAACAUACCUACAUCUUUGUUUAAUAACUCCAAUCUUCAGCUACUUGAUCUCUCCACAAACAGUUUAUCUGGAAACAUACCUCCACAACACAACUCCAAGAAUGGGGUAGUCUUGCUCCUUCAAGACAAUCAUUUAUCAGGAGAAAUGUCAGACACACAGCUAGCAAAUGUGGAGAUACUUGACCUGAGGAACAACAGGUUGUCUGGGAGUAUUCCUGAGUUCAUCAAAACACAGAACAUCAGUGUUCUUCUUCUUCGAGGGAACAACUUAACCGGUCGUAUUCCUCACCAGUUGUGUGGUCUAAUAAACAUCCAACUUCUUGAUCUUUCAAAAAACAGAUUGAAUGGUUCCAUACCUUCAUGCCUCAGCAAUACAUCAUUUGUCACAGGGAAGAAAUGUACAUCAUAUGAUUAUGAUUUUGGCAUUUCUUUCCCUUCUGAUGUCUUUGAUGGUUUCUAUCUGCAACAAGACAUCUCUUCCACAAACGAUUCCAGUAGAUACUUCAAGUCUCUGCUCAUGCUUGAUCCGUUUAGUGUGGAUUACAAGGCAAGCACUCAGACAAAGAUUGAGUUUGCAACAAAGUACCGAUACGAUUCCUACAUGGGUAAAAAUCUCAAGUUAUUGUAUGGAUUGGAUCUCUCGGAAAAUGAGCUGACUGGUGAGAUACCAGCUGAGUUUGGAGAGCUUAUGGAACUAAGAGCUUUUAACCUUUCUCACAACAAUUUGUCUGGUGCUAUACCAGAAAGCUUUUCAGGUAUGAAGAAUGUGGAGAGUCUUGAUAUUUCCUUCAACAGAUUACAAGGCCGGAUCCCACCAAAGCUGACACAGCUGAGCACCCUCUCGGUCUUCAAGGUCUCUUACAACAACUUAUCAGGAGCUAUUCCACAAGGGAGGCAGUUUAACACUUUUGAUACGCAAAGCUUUGUGGGUAAUAAUCUUCUUUGUGGACAACCAACAAGCAGAAGCUGCAACAGUGGUACGUUUCAAGAACCAGAUAGUAGAGUGGAAGAAGAUGAUGAAUCUGCAAUCGACAUGGAGUCUUUCUACUUGAGUUUUGCUGCAGCUUAUGUGACCAUACUUGUUGGAAUAUUCGCGUCUCUCUCUUUUGAUUCUUUUUGGAGUAGAUUUUGGUUCGAUAUGGUUGAUGCUUUUAUCAACAAGGUGAAAAAAUUGCUGUUAUAG